AUGCAUUCUAAGGCCGUUGAGACGUCCUUGGGCGUGGAGAAGGCUCAUGAUGAGCUGAUUGAUGACGAGGUCGCCCUAGAGAAGCUCUCGGCUUCAAAGACGUAUGAUUACUCUGGAGCAGCAAGCAAGACCGAUCCUGCGGAGAUUGCCCUUGUACGAAAGCUCGACUGCCGAAUCAUGCCUAUGAUCUGGGCGAUGUAUUUCUUGAACUAUCUGGACAAGAACGCAAUUGCGUCAGCCCGCCUCAAUGGGUUGGAAGACGAUAUCGGCCUUACAGGCUCCCAAUAUAACACCUGCAUUUCGAUUCUCUUUGUUGGAUACCUGUUGAUGCAGCUGCCAUCAAACAUGCUCAUGGCAUCCAAAAAGAUUCGACCGUCGAUUUACAUGGGCUGCUGCAUGGCUCUAUGGGCCGUAUGCUCAGCAUGUACUGCCUUGGUCCAGAAUUACCGCGGGCUCGUCAUUGCUCGCUUCUUCCUGGGAGUCGCUGAAGCCCCUUUCUACCCGGGUGCUCUGUUCCUCCUGUCGAUCUUCUACACGAGAAAAGAGAUUGCUACACGUAUUGCAAUUUUGUAUUCGGCGAAUAUUCUCUCCACAGCAUUCUCUGGGUUGAUUGCGGCUGCCAUAUUUUCUACAAUUGACGGAGCGCACGGAAUCGAAGGCUGGAGAUGGCUAUUUAUUAUCGAAGGAGUCGUCACGUUCGGCAUUGCGCUACUGUCUAUGUGGGCGUUGCCAGACCAUCCCUCGUCGACACGCUGGCUUUCCGAAGGUGAGAUGGCAAUAGCCCAAGAGAGGAUUGCUCGGGAUACUGUCGAGAGAACGGAAUCUCAAAGUGCUCUCCAGAACUUGAAAAUCGCAUUUUCUGACCCGCGCCUCUAUCUUCUGGGGUUGAUGCAAAAUCUCCAUCUCUCUUCCGCCGGAUUCAACAACUUCUUCCCCACGGUGGUUGGUACCCUCGGAUUCGACCGCACAGUCACUUUAGUCCUGACAUGUCCGCCAUUUGUGUUUGCAGCGAUUUUUGGGCCCCUCCUUGCGCUCAGCUCUGGAAGAUUCAAUGAGCGGACGUGGCACAUCACCGCUGGAAUGGCUAUAGGGGUGUCCGGCUUUGCCAUAGCAGCGGCGACUCUUAACACGGCUGCUCGAUAUGUAGCGUGUUUCCUGUUCUCGGCCGGUGUCUAUUCCGUCAACUCAUGCAUCCUCGGAUGGGUGUCUGCGACACUCGGACAAACAGCAGAAAAGAAAGCGAUUUCCCUGGGGUUCGUCAACAUCGUGGCCAAUGCAUCCUAUAUUUACACUCCAUAUCUGUAUCCAAGUUCAGACGGUCCACGAUACCUACCUGCCAUGGGAGCCAAUGCUGGCUUCGCAACUGGAACAGUCAUUUGUGCAUGGGGAUUGAAGAUCUGGUUGAUGGCGGAAAACAAGAAAUUGAAAGCCAGCGCCGGGGAUGGUGGACUUGCAUAUGCUUACUGA